GGGUGGGGGGAUAUUUGGGUUGUAGAUUUCUGUGCUGCAGCAGAGAGAGAGGAGAGAGAGAGGGGAAAAAAGCAGCCUGGUGGCCUAGGAACGUGCAUGCAGAGGUAGAUACACAGCACGUCAGUCUGGCAGGCACACUGCCAUUUGUUUUAGUGUUUUACUCUAGUCCGGCGCCUUUGUGAGGUCACCUGAGGAUGAAAAUGGAGGAGCUAGAUCUUGCGGGCCCCACCGUAGGGGAGGGAUCCAAAGGAACAAGAAAAGCCCCUCCUGGCCUUCAGGUGGGGAGCAUCGAGGAAUUCUGGCAAAGGAGACCAGGCGAAUAUGUUAAGCAGGAACCAAGCGAGGGGCAGUUUCAGAGAUGGGAAGACCAAUGGCAGGAGUUUCUGAAGACAGUGGAGACUCCUCACUCAGGCUGGCAAACCCCACAGUUGCUGGAGGAGCCCACGCCCUGGGAGGAUGCGAAGGCCUUCCUGGCCUCCUUUGAGCAAGUGGCCGGAGCCUGCCGGUGGCCCAAGGAAGAGUGGGUGGCCCGACUCCUGCCAGCCCUCCGGGGAGAAGCUGAGCAGGCCUUCUGCAGGUUGGAGGCCGGGGACAGAGAGGAUUAUGGGAAAGUGAAGAUGGCCAUCUUGGAAGGGGAUGUCAUGAGAAGGGAGAGAAAUCGCCAGCACUUCAGGUGUUUCUGUUACCAAGCAGCCGAGGGGCCGAGAGAGGCUUACAGCCGACUCCGACAACUUUGCUACGGUUGGCUGAAGGUCGAGAGACACUCCAAGGAGCAGAUCCUGGAGCUGCUGAUCCUGGAGCAGUUCCUGACCAUCCUGCCACUGGAGAUCCAGAGCCGGGUCAAGGAAUGUGGCCCAGAGACCUGCUCCCAGGCAGUGGCCCUGGCAGAGGAUUUCCUGCAGAGGCAGCGAGGGGCUGAUAGACCAGAAAAUGAGGUUGUGUUUGAGGAGGAGGCUUUGAGUUCUUCAGAGGCAGGCCAGGCUCCUUCAGACUUCGAGCAGAAGCAGUUGUGUGUGGAAGCCAAGCCGGAAAUUGACUACAGGGAGGCCAGCCUUUUUGAAGGAGCUGUCUGGGGCUGUGAGCCUGAGGUGGAAGCAGAUGCGAUAUCUGUGGAAAUAAUUCAGCAUCCAGAGUUGAAAGAGAAAACAGCCAGUCAAGGUGGGCCCAACAGACAGCAUAGAAGGAAUCUGGAACCCAAAGAGAAGUGGAGGAACAAAUCGGUGGCUAUUCAGGUUGGCAGCUUCUAUGAAUACCUGAGGGAACAGAAGGCAAAGGGAAGGAAUAAGUGCCCGGUGUGUGGGAAAAUCUUCAGCUGCAAAUCCAGCCUCAAGGCACACCAGAGAGUCCACACAGGAGAGAAGCCCUACAAAUGUUUGGAGUGUGGGAAGAGCUUCAUUCAAGUGUCAAACCUUACUGCACACACAAGAACCCACACUGGGGAGAAGCCUUACAGCUGCUCGGAGUGCGGAAAGCGCUUCAGCCGGAGUGAUCAUCUGACUUUGCAUCAAAGGACACACACAGGGGAGAAGCCCUACAUGUGUAUUGAGUGUGGGAAAAGCUUCAGCCAGAGCACAGACCUCACCUCCCAUCAGAGAAUCCACACUGGAGAGAAACCUUAUAAAUGCUUGGAGUGUGGGAAGAAUUUCAGCCGGAGUUACCGCCUUACUAUACAUCAGAGAAUGCACACAGGGGAGAAACCAUAUAAAUGCUUGGAGUGUGGGAAGAAUUUCAGUCGAAGUGACCAUCUGACAUCACAUAAAAGAAUGCACACAGAAUCAGCAAAGCGGCAGGCAUCGAUCUCCGCGUCGCCGUGCCUAAGCACCGCGGCCUGGCCGGAGGAUGGUGGCACCUCGCCGCGCUCCACCCCGCUCCGCUCGGUGUCUCCUCCCCCGGAAACCGCCUGUUCUCACGCUCGCUUCCCAAAGCGGUGCGGGCGACUAUUGUGUGUUGGGAGCGCGCAGGCCGAUCCGAGGGAAGAAGAAGAAGAGCGGAGCUCUCUGGAAACUACCUCUGCGGGGAAUCGGAUUGGGAUGAAAAUGGAGGAGCAGGACUCAACAGGCUCCAUGGUAAAAGAUGGAUCUGGAAAAGCCCCUCAUGUCCUCCAGGUUGGGAGUAUCAGGGAAUUCCAGCAAAGGAGACCAGGAGGGCCGAUAAAACAGGAACAAGAUGAUGGUCAAUUUCAGAGAUGGGAAGCCCAGUGGCAGGACUUCCUGAAGACCGUGGAGUCCCCUUACCCAAGCUGGGGAACCCCACAGUUGCCAGAGGAGCCCACGCCGUGGGACGACACAAAAGCCUUCCUGGCCUCCUUUGAGCAAGUGGCCGAAGCCUGCCGGUGGCCCAAGGUGGAGUGGGCAACCCGACUCACGCCAGCGCUCCGUGGAGAGGCCGAGCAGGCCUUCUGCAGGCUGGAUCCCAGAGACCAAGAGGAUUAUGGGAAAGUGAAGGCUGCCAUCUUGCGGCAAGAUGCCAUGAGGAGGGAAAAGCAGCGUCAGCACUUCCGGCGCUUCUGCUACCAGGAGGUGGAGGGGCCACGAGGGGCUUACAGCCGGCUCUGGGAACUUUGCCAUGGGUGGCUGAGAGUUGAGAAACACACCAAGGAGCAGAUCUUGGAGCUGCUGGUCCUGGAGCAGCUCUUGACUAUCCUGCCACGGGAAAUGCAGAACUGGGUCAGGGAGCACGGCCCAGAAACUUGUGCCCAGGCGGUGGCCCUGGCUGAGGACUUCCUACUGAGGCAGCAGGAGUGUGAGAAGGAGGAAAAAGAGGUACUAAUGCCAUUUGUGGAAGUCGCUGUGAGCUUCUCUGAGGCAGGCCAGGAUCCUUCUGACCUCAAGCUGCGACCGCUGUGUCCAGAAACCAAGCAGGGAGGAAACGCUGGAGUAUUGGAUUUUGGACCAGUCGUUGCAUGUGAGGGGGAAAAAUACCAGCUUGAAAGCCCUGAGCGGGCAGACCCAUCUCAGAGAAGAGCCAGAGACGGCUUUCUGCAGGGUUACGCACAGGAAGAAGCACCUGAAGAUCAACAUGGAUCAUCAAGGCCGCCAAGUGGUGGCCACUGCCCGAGAAGUACAACGGAUAGAUCCGUUUCUUCCGUGGAGACGGCCUUUAACGAAAGCCUGGAGUGGCGGAAACCAAAUUCGCUUGGUGUGCUUGAAGGAGGCUUUGAGCCAAGCUCAGAUUUUGUGAAACACGAGAGAGCUGAUAUUCAGGAGAUGCCCUAUCAGUGCGGUGAAUGUGGGAAAAGCCUCAGCCGCAAGGACCACCUCAAGAGACACCAGCAAAUCCACACCCGGAAAAAGAAGCCACAUCAGUGCUCAUACUGCGGGAAGUGCUUCCGGCAGAGGUCGGACCUUAUUUUUCACGAGCGAAUCCACACGGGGGAGAAGCCUCACAAGUGCUCCAUCUGUGGGAAGAACUUUCGGAGCACCUGCCAGCUCAUUGUGCAUGAAAGAAUCCACACCCGGGAAAAGCCGUACAAGUGCUCGGCCUGUGGCAAAAGCUUCAGCCAGAAUGCCAACCUGACUGUGCAUCUAAGGACACACACUGGCGAGAAGCCGUACAAGUGCUCCGUCUGCGGGAAAACCUUCAUCCAGAAGUCGCACCUCAUGAAGCACGAGAGAAUUCACACCAGGAAGAAGACAUGCAAUUGCUUAUUGUGGAAAGAGCUUCCGAACUUUCUGCACAGAGGGAUGAGAAUGGAAUUACUUGCAAGCCCCACAGCAGAUGAAGGAUUGCAGGGGCCUGGAAAAUCCCUUCAUGUCAUUCCGGUUGGGAGUAUCCAGGAAUUCCUGCAAAGGAGACCAGGAGAUCUUGUUAAUCAGGAACCAGGUGAGAGACAGCUUCAGAGAUGGGAAGUCCAAUGGCCGGAGUUCCUGAAUGAAGUGGCGUCUCCUCACUCAGAUUGGGGAAUCCCACUGGAGGAGCCCACACCAUGGGAUGACGCUAAGGCCUUUCUGGCCUCCUUUGAGCAAGUAGCCGAAGCCUGCCAGUGGCCCAGGGAGCAGUGGGCGACCCGACUCCAGCCAGCCCUCAGUGGAGAAGCCCAUCAGGCCUUUAGCAGCCUGGAGGCCGAAGACAGAGAGGAUUAUGGGAAAGUGAAGACAGCCAUCUUGUUAACAGACACCAUGAGAAGGGAGAAAAAUCGCCAACACUUUAGGCACUUCUGCUACCAGGAAGAUGAAGGGCCACGAGGGGCUUACAGCCAGCUCUUGAAACUUUGCCAUGGGUGGCUGAGAGCAGAGAAAAAUACGAAGGAGCAGAUCUUGGAGCUUCUGAUGCUGGAGCAGUUCUUGGCCAUCUUGCCACUAGAGAUCCAGAGCCGGGUCAGGGAAUGGGGCCCAGAGACCUGCUCCCAGGCAGUGGCCCUGGCUGAGGAUUUCCAGCUGAGGCAGCGAGAGGCCCAGAGGCAGGAAAAACAAGUGCUGACAUCGUUUGGGGAGGAGACUGUGAGUUUCUCUGAAGCAGACCAGGCCCCAUCUGACACGGAGCAGAGGCAUCUAUGCAUGGAAGUGAAUCAGGAAUGCAACGGAACUGCCAGUCCUUUGGAUAAUGGGUGGCUGGGCAUAAACGAGGGAGAGGAACAUGUGUCAGAAGAUUCAGAACGAGAGGAGCUCCGUGGGUCAUUAGUGUGGAAAGCAGAAGAGAUCUUUCCCCAUUGUUAUGAGCAGGAAAAUAUCUUUAAGAGUCAGCACAGAACAAGAGUCCAGCAAGCAAUGCACCCUGGUGAGAUCCUGGAUGGAUCUGUUCCUAAGGGAGGAGCUUACCAGCAUCUCAGGGGAGAUACAACCCAGAAAAGAACCAAAACUGGAAAGAAACAACAUACCAACAGUGCUAAUGGGAGAACCACCAACUGGAGCUUGGUGCCCUUUGAAUACCAAUGGAUGCACAUGAGAGGAAAACCCUACAAGUGCCUGGUGUGUGGGCAUGCCUCUCGUUACAGAUCAGAUUUAAUGGUUCAUCAAAGAAUGCAUACUGGAGAGAGACCCUAUGAAUGUUUAGACUGUGGGAAAAGCUUCCCUUACAAAAGUAACCUUAACAGACACCUUAGGAUCCAUACAGGCGAGAAACAUAGGAACAUAGGAAACUGCCAUAUACUGAGUCAGACCAUUGGUCUAUCUAGCUCAGUAUUGUCUUCACAGACUGGCAGCGGCUUCUCCAAGGCUGCAGGCAGGAAUCUCUCUCAGCCCUAUCUUGGAGAAGCCAGGGAGGGAACUGUCUGCAGCCAUGUGCGGACUCCUGAGCGGCACACCAGGAAAUGUGGUGGUGUGGCGAAGGAGCAGAGAUUUCCCCCCUCUCGUUUUCACCUGAGUGAGCCUAAAGCCCACAUCCUGAAUCCCUUCAUCAAAUUCCCCCGACACAUAGUUGCCUGCUUUGUAAUAAGCGAAUUUUUGAUGCUGAGAGGUCAGCCAGGGAUGAAAAUGGAGGAGCAAACCCAAGUAGGCCUCAAACCGGUUGAGGGACUCGAGGGAACGAGAAAAGCCCUUCCUGUCCUCCAGAGAGGCUGUAUCAGGGAAUUCCUACAAAAGAUGCCGGUGCAGCAGGUUAAAGAGGAAGCCGGCGAGGGACUCCUACAGCGCUGGGAAGUCCAGUGGCAGGAAUUCCUGAAGGAAGUGGAGUCUCCUCACUCCGGCUGGGGAGUCCCACAGCUGCCAGAGGAGCCCAAGCCCUGGGACGAUACGAAGGCCUUUCUGGCUUCUUUCGAGCAAGUAGCAGAAGCCUGCCAGUGGCCCAGGGAGGAGUGGGCGACCCGACUCCUGCCAGCCCUCAGGGGAGAAGCUGAGCUGGCCUUCAGCAGGUUGGAGGGCAGAGACCGCAAGGAUUAUGGGAAAGUGAAAGCCGCCCUCUUGAGAGGGGACGCCGUGAGCAGGGAAAAGAAUCGCCAACACUUCCGGCACUUUUGCUAUCAGGAGGCUGAGGGGCCACGGGGGGCUUACAGCCAGCUCCAGGAGCUUUGCCGUCGGUGGCUGAAGGUCGAGAAACACUCCAAGGAGCAGAUCCUAGAAGUGCUGAUCCUGGAGCAGUUGCUGACUGUCCUGCCCCCGGAGAUCCAGAACUGGGUGAGGGAGCGAGGCCCCGAGACCUGCUCCCAGGCGGUGGCCCUGGCGGAGGAAUUCCUGCGGAUGCAACGAGAGGCGGAGAGACAGAAACCACAGGUCACAACGCCCUUUGAGGAGGUGGUCCUGAGUUUCUGUGAGCCAGAGCUGGUCCCGUCUGACGCUGGCCACAGGCACCUGUGCAGGGAGACCAAACAGGAGGCUGACAACCGAGAUGCCGGCUUGAUGGGAGCUAAAAGAUGGAUGAGCCUAAAUGAAGGGGAGAAAUAUAUGUCAGAAGAUUCAGGGGGAAUGCUGCCGCAUGGGACCUCAGUGUGGAGAGCAGGGGAGAGCAUUCCCCAGUUUUGUGAGCAGGAAACCGCGUCAAGGAGUCAACAGAAAAUCCACCCAGGGCAGGAAAUAGAUCUCUCUCUCCCAUUUGGAGGAACCUUCCAAGACCUCAAGGAAGAUGUACUCCAGCGAAGAAUCCACCCCGGUAAGAGACCAAAUAUCUGCAGUGCCUAUAGGAAAAGAUUUGGUCAAAGCUCAAGCCUCAUUAAGCACGAAAGCAUCCAUGGGGGAGAAAAGCCAUUUAAAUGCUCGGACUGUGGCAAAAGAUUCAGUCAGAAAUUCCACCUUCUUGGCCACCGAAAAAGAUGCGAAAACGAGAGACCUCACAAAUGCCCGACAUGUGGGAAAAGAUUCUCUCGCAGCUCGUACCUGAACACGCACCAGAGAAUCCACACCGGUGAGAGACCGUAUGAGUGCUUGCGCUGCGGGAAGAGCUUUAGCCAGAAAGCAAACCUCAACACACACCGUCGCAUCCACACAGGAGAAAAGCCGCACGAGUGCUCCAUCUGUGGGAAAAGAUUCUCUCGCAACACAUGCCUUAAUAGACACCAGAGAAUCCACACGGCACGUUAACUAGAUGGAUGCUUGGACUGCGGGGAGAUGUAGUGGGAGAUCAGUAUUGCCCAUGACUCACUGCUCACUUGGGAUAUGCAUCAGUCAGAAAUGUCACCGUUUUAGACAUUGUAGAAUGCAGGAGUAUUCAGUUUCCUAUAUUCUGACUAAUUGCUAACAUAAUAAAGAAUGUUCUGCAUUUCU